CUUCCCAAAGUGGCUAAAUAAGAGUGUAGUUUAAAAUCGAAAGCAGAAAUUUACUGUUGAAACCUUCGCAAAGUCAUCUGUAAUACACAACUGUAUUUCGAUAUUCCUUCUCGUAAAGGCUAGACACACGGAAAAUGACUGAAAAUAAUUUUGAGUUAAAUGUGGUCCUGCUGGGAAAAACAGGAGCUGGAAAAAGUUCAACUGGAAACACAAUCCUGGGUCGACAAGCCUUUAUCUUCAAGAAAAGUGCCAAAUCAGUCACACGAGAUGUCACUGUGGAGUCUGGAACAUUCUGUGAACUACCAGUCACUGUUUAUGACACUCCAGGAUUGUUUGACACAAAGCUGAGUGAUGAAGAGAUUCAGCAGAUGAUCAAUAAAAAAGUCCUCCAGAAAUGUGCAUCAGGUCUGUGUGUGUUUCUGCUGGUCAUCAGAGCUGACAGAUUCACUGAAGAAGAGAGAAAAACUGUGGAGAAGAUUGAGAAGAUGCUGGGAGAAGAACGGCUGAAAAACAGCUGGAUUCUGUUCACCAGAGGAGACGAACUGGAGGAAGAAAACACGACAAUACAGGAGUUCAUAGAGGAGACUGAAGAACUGAAGACACUCGUGCAGAAAUAUGAGCACAGAUACCAUAUGUUCAACAACAAGAACAAGAUGGAGGAGGAGGAGGGACCGAGUGAACAAGUGAAGAUGCUGAUUACAAAAAUACUGAAGAAUUACCUGGACAUAGUGGUUGGUGCCGAUAAACUAAAUCUACUAAAGAGAAAAACACCAGAAGAUAUUGAGCCAGUCUCUCGUGUCUCUGGUCUCCCCUCCAGACGGAUUGUUCUUCUGGGUAAAUCUGGUGUUGGUAAAAGUGCAGCUGGAAACAUAAUCCUGGGACAGAAAGAGUUCACAUCUGUGAUGAGCAUGAAUUCAGUAACCAGUGAAUGUUCAGCAGCUCAGGCCACAGUUUCAGGCAGAUCUGUGUCUGUAGGCGACACUCCUGGAUUAUUUGACACAAAGAUGAAUCCUGAAGAGUUAAUGAUGGAGAUCGCCAGAAGUGUGUAUAUCUCCAGGCCUGGACCUCACGCUUUCCUCAUUGUGUUUCCUGUGAACAUGAGAUUCACUGAACAUGAGCAGCAGAUUGCUCAGAAGAUUGAGCUGAUGUUUGGUGAAGAAGUGUUGAAAUACUCCAUCAUUCUCUUUACUCAUGGAGAUCUGCUGGAUGGAGAGUCUGUAGAGAAGCUGAUAGAGGAGAACUGUAGAUUAAGAUCUCUAGUCCAGCAGUGUGGAGGCAGAUAUCAGCUGUUCAACAACAGAGAUGUGAAUAACAGACAGCAGGUGGAGGAGCUACUGCAGAAGAUUGACUCAAUGAUAGAGCAGAAUGGAGGAGCACACUACAGUAACCAGAUGUAUGAAGACGCUCAGAGAUUCAGACGAGAGGAAGAAGAGGAGAGACUGAGAAAGGAAGAGGAGAGAAAACAACAAAAGGAAAAACAAAGACAAGAUGAGAUGGAGAGAGUGAGAAAGGAAGCAACGGAGAAAGUCAGAGCAGAGUAUGAGGAGAAAAAUGAGAAAGAAAGACAAGACGGAGAGAAAAAUGAGAAAGAAACACAAGACGGAGAGAAAAAUGAGAAAGAAAGACAAGACGGAGAGAAAAAUGAGAAAGAUGAAAGUAAUGGAUUUUGGUCAUUUUUUACUAAGAUUGCUGAUUUCUUUAAAAGCAUAUACAACCUUUUCUCAUGGCUUUUUUAACGUUUUUUAACGUUUCUCAGGGUUUUUUUUAAUAUGACCAAAGUAUAUCUAUUUUUUUAAAACUUUUAUGGUCACACUUUAUUUUGAUGGUCUCUUAAAGACCAUAAGUUAUGGACCUGCUGACCAUAAGUUAACUUACAAGUUCUUAAGUUUUUAAUGUUCUUAGGCAAGGUCUACAACAUACAAACAUCUAAUAAAUUGUGAUCAGUAAAGUGUUAUCAAUGUAUUACUAGUUUAGGUUCUAGACGUUCAAAAGUGUAUUAGUCUGCAUCCAACUACACUUUAUACAACUACAGCCUUUGUUAGCAGUCUGUAUUUAUGCACAUUCAGCUGCCUAUAAGUAUCAAUACAACAUCCAUUUAAAGUAUCUUAAACCAUAUAUAAAGAUUUUCACUUCAUUAUGGCCUAAUGUGACAACAGAUGACCAGAUGAAUAUACAUAAGCUUAAAGUAAAUUCAUUGUUAAGUAAAAGCUAACUUAAAUGCAACAAAUAGUAGAGCACUCUUGAAAAUAUAUUUUAAAAAAGGUGUACAAAAUUAUUUUAGACAAAUUUAAGGUUAAUAAGAGCUAUUUUGUUUUUUUCUUAAAUGCUGCACAAUUCUUUUUACAAACUAAAACCUUUUCUGCAAUAACUAAAUGUGAAUUUUAAAAUAAAAUCCUAAUAAAAAAGUGAAUAAUACAAACUAAAGAUGUCUCUUUAAUAUAAACACUAAAACUGUGACUGUGCUGGAAAUUUACAUAAAAAAAUAUAAAUAUAUCGGCAAAUCUUUUCUGGCAUAAGCUGAGGUAUUUGCACAUUCACAAUGUCCCCUGCUGAUGAACAAACUCACUGGGGACUGAGAUUGUUGGUGUGGAGAGAAAAGCCUGUCCUAAACUAGAGAGCAGUUAGUACAGAGGUGGUUAAUAGACCCUCUGCUCCAGGGGACUGACCACUGGCAUAAAAAACAGAUUAUAAUAUAUGAUAUAAUAAGCAAAUGAUAAACAUAUGCAUAAACUAAUUUGAAAAGGAGAGGGUAAAAAUAAUGUAAUAGCUGGUUCUGUAACAGCACAGCUCUCUCAGUCUCUAAAACAUCUUUCGCUAUGAAAACGCUGAUGUGUGAUCUCCGUAAAGUCAGCGUUUGUCUGAGCAAGCGGAGCUGCAAAUCAUCCGGUCCGCAUGAUUUGGUCUAUUUAUAGUUUUUUUGCGCACAGAUGUCUGUGACAGUAGUUUUUCACUGUGCUGUGCUGUCAUUUUGCAGUAUUUACACACAGUUUGUGUUUGUCUAGCGCACUUCACUGCUGUCAUUUUACUCUGCCGCCUUGCCUCUUGCUCGCCACUGAUGUGAUGUAAAGCAAGUUUGCGCCUGUAAACAUAGUGCCCCCUCUGUUCAAAACAUGAUUCCUGAUUCAUUUAACAUUUCUACCAGUUUGAAUUGUCACAUAUUUUAAUGAAUUUUCAAUCGACAUAACCGGUGAAUCACUACAUGCCUAAUGUUUAGACAUGGCCUAAGAACAUUAAAAAAACAUAAACAAUCUACAGAUACUAUCCAGAUGAGAGUAAAUAGAUAUGAACUUGUAAAUUACUUUAACUCAAGAGACUAUCAGUGAGGGGACCAUCAAAAUAACGUGUGACCCAUUUGACUUUUUGUUCAUAACUCUUCUGGGCUUUCAUAAAAAAAAAAUUGCUCCUUCCUUGCUAGACCUGAUAAUUAUAUUGAUCUAAUCGAUAGCCAAAUCUAGAUAAUCAAAUCGAUAUUGGGUUAAAUCUCAUUGAAAAGAUUGUUUUAAAUUUAAGACUAAUUCCUUACAAUACAUCUGAAUAAAAUUGUACUGGUUUCACCUUGUGUCUAAACUAAAGUUUGUAAUAUAGAUACCCUAACAUGACUUUGGAUUUUUACCCUGGCUAUUACUAUUAAUAAUAAUAAUAAUAAUAAAUUCAUAAAAGCUUAAUCACACUAACACUCAUUUCUGAUGUUUUUUUUUAUUCGUUAUGAUUGUUACACAGAUACUUAGACAGUGACCCCUUGUGAGUUCAGCCAUUCAUUUGAUGUAACCAAUCAUGACUUACAAAUGAGGAUAAAAGAAAUACUUAAAAUCCUCAGAGAGCAGCUGUAUAUAUGCAGCCUUGGCAUUUAAUGUGUAAUGACAGCAGACACAGGAUGAAAAAUUUGGGGGCUUUUUAUUCCAGACUGCACUUAGAACAGCACAUCAUUAACUAUCCAAGAAAAUAAUAAAUUACCUUUUUUACUAGCGCUGCAACUAACGAUUAUUUUUAACAAUCUAUUAAUCUGUCGAUUAUUUUUACGAUUAAUCAAUGAAUGAAAAAAAAUACAGAAAAGCAUUUAUUUCCAAACCCUUUAUUCAAAAACAGAACUACACUCUUUAGAAAGUGCACAAACAUGUUGCUCCUUGAAUAUCUCUGAGCUGUUAUAAUAAUAAUAAUAAUAAUUCAAUUCAAUUCCCCUUUAUUUGUAUAGCGCUUAUACAAUGUAGAUUGUGUCAAAGCAGCUUCACAUAAAAGGUCACAGUAAAUAGGAACAGUGUAGUUCAGUUUGUAGUGUUUAAGUUCAGUUCAGUUGAGCUCAGUUCAGUGUGGUUUAAUAAUCACUACUGAGAGUCCAAACACUGAAGAGCAAAUCCAACGAUGCGCAGCUCUACAGAUCCUGAACCAUGCAAGCCAGUGGCGACAGCGGAGAGGGAAAAACUUCACUAAUUGGCGGAAGUGAAGAAAACAAAACCUUGAGAGAAACCAGGCUCAGUUGGGCACGACCAUUUUAAUUUCUCCGCUGGCCAAAUGUCUUGUGCAGAGCUGCAGUCUAGACGCUGGAGAAGUUGACAUCAGCGAAGACUCGUCUGUCCCUGGAGUGUCACAGGCAGAGAUGUAUAAAGUACUAGAGACCCAGACUUAAGUCACUUUUUGAUAGAGUACUUGUAUUUUUACUUGAGUAGAAGUAAAAGUGCUCUUUAAGCACCAUACUUAAGUGGAAGUACUAAAGUAUUCACCAUUUUUUGUACUGAAGUAUUGCAAGUAGUUUAUUUCUAAAUUUACUACUCAAGUACUGAAAGUAAAAGUACAAGUAUUGUGUAAUGUAGUUAUUAAAGAAUGCAGUCAAAAGACAUCAUAUUGUUUUGUUUAUUUUAAAUCUCUUUUUGGGGGCACGUCAUUAAGCUGAACGAAAAGAAACAUGACUUACAAUACUGUUUUUCUCUCACGCUUGAUCCACAGAUCUGACAGAUUAUAACAGCUUUAACACACACCUUUUAAAGUUGUGUGUCACAAAAACAGUCCAUAAUCCACUCAAAACACUAUUGAAACCCAUUUUCAGAGCACAAUUUACUGGUUGUAAACGCUGUAAACGAACGUUCUAAUUCACUUGAUUUUGAUUUUAUUGUAACAAAAAGAAAACGUGUAUAUUACUGUGUUAAAUGAAAAUCUGAAAUAUUUUAUGGCUUAUGGCUAUGAUUUAGUAUUCAAAAAUGUUUCAUUUUGAUUAUGUUUUAAUUAAAUUGGUCUUAAACUUCAUAUUUUUAUAGUAUAUUUAUUCAUUCUGGUACUUUUACCAUACACCAACAUCUCAACCAUUUGGUAGAGGCUGAUAUUUUAGAAAUUAUGGGAUGUGUUGGGGGAAAAUGUAUUGAUUGUGUUAACUAGCGACAUUAGGAGUUAAG